CAGACUGCACUGGCACUAGUUAGCAGCAGCAAAGAGAAGACACAUCAUCUCGGAGCUCCCACACUACUACAGCAUAGAGGAGGAGAGCCUGGGCACAGGGCACACAUCUUCCUUCCUAUGGAUCAUUGCAUGGCACAAGGAACUCCAUGAGAUACAGCACAAGACAUCAGGAUCCUGAGACACCCGUUUGGAUCUUUAUCAAUUUUUUUUUAUUUUUGCAAAUAAAAAAAUAAAAACAGAGGAAAAAAAACAAAAGAAAAGAAAGAGAAGCUUGUUAAUGGAAUCCCAGUCAGCCUGGGGGGUGAAUUGUUUGGAGAGGACUUGAUUGCUCAGACUCCCCCCCACCACCUCCUACUAUUACUACUGCAUCCCUAACGGAUUGUAUCAGCUGCACUGUUGGUUUGGACUGCCAUUGCAUUUGCACCCCCACCUGCCACCCCAAGUGCCAGUCUCUCACUUUGUCUUGCCUGCAAGGUGGCUACUUGGAGGGGCAUCAUCUCUGGGCAUUGCACCAUGAAUGAAGGCUGCUGAGACUGCUUACAUUGUUCAUUUGCUGGAAGCUGAAUGCCAACGGAUCAGAGGGUGUAAAGAAAUCAAACAAAAAGGAAUUUGGGUUUUUUAUUUUAUUUUUUAUUUUUAUUUGGACUUUGUGACAUGCUCCAAAAAAAAUUCUGCAGCUCCCAUGAAGACCAGAACUGAUUGCAAGCCAUGAGGACGCGGUUAAAGAGGAUCGCAUCGUUUCCAUGAGACAUUGUGCAUGCAGGGCAGGUGCCCCUGGCAGCUCUGGGCACUUCUUUUUGCCUCCCUUUGCCUUGAGCCCCACAGGGGCCAGCUGCGCUGGAAGAAGCAAGCCAAGUGGCAGAGGAACUGCUUGAGAAAAGGCUUGCCCCCCCCAAAAAUAAACGGGUCACAGUGAGUUACCUACAUGGUUUUUGCUGAUUUCUGCCUCUCCUCUUCACCCCUUUUCAUUCUGCUGCCUGAGAUUAAUUGCCCUCUAAAUCCACCCUCCAGCUCUCUCCAGCAAGGGAGCAGGGACUAUGUGGCUCUGGAUCAGAAAAGACAUGGAUGUAUUGCACAUUCUUCUGUUGCUGGUGGUGUCUUGGAGCCGAACCCGGGCUCUGAUCAACUUGAAAUACACGGUGGACGAGGAGCAGAGAGCUGGCACCCAGAUAGCCAACGUGGCCAGGGAUGCCAAGGAUGCUGGUUUUGUGCUAGACCCCAGGCAACCUGCCUUCAGAGUGGUUUCCAAUUCUGCUCCUCACCUGGUGGACAUCAAUGCAUCAGGGCUGCUGGUCACCAAGCAAAAGAUUGACAGGGACAUGUUGUGCAGGCAAAUGCCCAAAUGUGUCAUCUCACUGGAGGUCAUGUCCAACUCCAUGGAGAUUUGUGUCAUUAAAAUCGAGAUUAAAGACCUCAACGACAACGCGCCCAGUUUCCCCACCGACCAGAUCGAUCUGGAGAUUUCCGAAACGGCCAGCCCUGGCACCAGGAUCCCCCUGGAGAGCGCCUACGACCCGGAUUCUGGCAACUUUGGGGUCCAGACCUAUGAGAUCACGCCCAACGACCUGUUUGGCUUGGAGAUCAAGACCAGGGGAGAUGGCUCAAGGUUUGCUGAAUUGGUGGUGGAGAAAAACCUGGACAGAGAGACCCAGUCUCAUUACAAUUACAUCAUCACGGCCCUGGACGGUGGGGACCCCUCCAAUUUUGGGACUGUGGAGUUAAACAUCAAAGUGAUAGACUCAAAUGACAACAACCCAGUUUUUGAGGAGCCUGCCUAUACUGUCAAUGUCCCAGAGAACUCCCCUUUAAAUGCCUUGGUCAUUGACCUCAAUGCUACUGAUCCAGAUGAGGGUACCAAUGGUGAGAUUGUGUAUGCCUUUAAUAGCUAUGUGUCUGACAAAACUAGGGAGCUCUUUAAGAUAGACCCCAAAACUGGUGUCAUUACAGUCACUGGGGCUAUAGACUAUGAGGAAGGGCAUGUGUACGAGAUUGAUGUCCAAGCCAAGGAUUUGGGACCCAACUCCAUCCCUGCCCAUUGUAAAGUGACUGUGAAUGUGUUGGAUGUGAAUGACAAUGUCCCUGUUAUCAACUUACUCUCUGUCAACAGUGAGGUGGUGGAAGUAAGUGAGAAUGCUCCACCUGGCUAUGUCAUAGCUUUAGUGAGGGUCUCAGAUAAGGACUCUGGUAUCAAUGGUAGGGUGGUCUGCAAACUCCUAGGCAACGUCCCCUUCAGACUUCAGGAAUAUGAGAGCUUCUCCACCAUUUUGGUAGAUGGGAGGUUGGACAGGGAGCAGAGGGACCAGUACAACUUGACUAUCCAGGCCAAAGACAGUGGCAACCCAUCACUCCAGUCCACCAAGUCCUUCACUGUGAGAAUCACUGAUGAGAAUGACAACCAUCCCCAUUUCUCCAAAACCUUCUACCAGGUCAUUGUCUCUGAAAAUAACACCCCGGGGGCUUACUUACUCUCUGUCUCAGCCAGGGACCCCGAUUUGGGAUUAAAUGGCAGUGUGUCCUAUCAACUGGUGCCAUCUCAAGUGAGGGACAUGCCGGUUUUCACCUAUGUGUCCAUCAACCCAACCACGGGAGAUAUCUACGCCCUCAGAUCCUUCAACCAUGAGCAAACCAAGGCUUUUGAAUUUAAGAUUUCGGCCAAGGAUGGCGGUACUCCGCCGCUGCAGAGUAACGUCACCGUUAGGGUCAUUGUGGUGGACGUCAAUGACAAUACCCCUGUGAUUACCGCCCCACCUUUAGUCAACGGCACCUCCGAGGUCUACAUCCCCAGAAACGCCGGGGUAGGCUACCUAGUGACUGUGGUUAAGGCCGACGACUAUGACGAAGGGGAGAACGGCAGGUUGUCCUAUGAGAUUACGGAAGGGGACAGGGGCUUCUUCGAGAUCGACCAGAUCAACGGGGAGAUUAGGACCACCAGGACUUUUGGGGAAAACUCCAAGACAACUUACGAACUGAUUGUGGCAGCGCAGGAUCAUGGCAAGCCUUCUCUCUCAGCCUCGGCUUUGAUUCUGAUCUACCUAUCCCCGGCCCUGGAUGCUCAGGAAUCUAUAGGAUCUGUUAACCUGUCUCUGAUUUUUAUCAUUGCCUUGGGAUCUAUCGCCGCCAUCCUUUUUGUCACCAUGAUCUUUGUGGCCGUCAAAUGCAAGAGGGACAACAAGGAAAUCAGAACCUACAACUGCAGAAUUGCACCAACAAGCUCACAGGACAAGGACACUUGCAUUUAUGGCCAGAUCAACAGGAUAGCCGAAUACUCUUACGGACACCAAAAGAAGUCCAACAAGAAGAAGAAGAUCAGCAAGAACGACAUCCGCCUGGUGCCUCGCGACGUUGAGGAGACAGACAAGAUGAAUGUGGUGAGCUGCUCCUCCCUUACCUCAUCGCUAAAUUAUUUUGACUACCACCAGCAGACGCUUCCUCUCGGAUGCCGCCGCACGGACAGCACUUUCCUUAACGUGGAAAACCAGAACACCAGGAACGCAGGGUCCAAUCACGUCUACCAUCACACCUUCACCAACCAGAGCCCGCCACAACCCGACCUCAUCAUCAAUGGGAUGCCCCUUCCGGAGACAGAGAAUUACACGUUCGACACAAACUAUGUGAACAGCCGGGCCCAUCUGAUUAAAAGCAGUUCCACCUUCAAGGACUUAGAGGGAAACAGUCUCAAGGACAGCGGGCAUGAGGAGAGUGACCAGACUGACAGCGAACACGACGUCCAGCGGGGCUUGUACUGUGACACCGCUGUCAACGACGUGCUCAACACCAGUGCCAACUCAGUGGGGACACAGCCGACUGAGCAAGAUCAGAAUGAAGGAUUCCACUGCAGGGAAGAAUGUCGCAUUCUGGGUCACUCCGACAGGUGCUGGAUGCCCAGAGUCCCCGUCCCUGCCCGCGCCAAGUCCCCCGAACACGGAAGGAACGUCAUCGCCUUGUCGAUAGAAGCCACCACUGUGGACACUGAAUCCUUCGAGGACUGCAACACAAAAAGAACUUUUGCCACUUUCGGCAAAGACGGCAACGAGCACCCCGCCGCCGACGACCGGGCGACCUUGAAAGGGAAAAGGACAGUGGACCUGCCUAUCUGCAGCCCUAAGGUCAACGGUGCCGUCCGCGAGGCAGGAAACGGCUGCGAGGCCGUCAGCCCCAUCACUUCCCCCCUGCACCUAAAGAGCCCCCUGCCGGCCAAGCCGUCAGCGACGUACAAUAUCAUGCACUGCCCCGGGAGCCGCGAAAUGGAGCAGUUCGUAAGCAACGGCCCGUCUCGGCCUUUGGACGCGGAGCCCAGGGGGGCGGACAGUGAAAACGUAAUGCAUGAAAUCAAUCCAUUAUUGCAAGAAUGUCGAGAAAAGGACUCAGUUGGUGUAAAGAGACUAAAGGACAUUGUACUCUAAACACCGAAAAACCCUACUGUACCGAGAGAAAAAAACAAAAACAAAAAAACGAUUCAUUGAGAAAAAAAAAAAAGACU